AUGAUGUCCCUCAACAACAUCGGUCUGCGCAUGGGUGGCGCUUCAAGUGCCGUAUUCGCCGCCCAAGGCGUUUUCCUCUUGGGGAACGCCUUCUACACCAUCCUCUAUCCCUCCUCCGCAUCAAAUUUCCCAGGCUCUUCGCUAAGCGGAACCCCCGACGGUGCUGUUCAGUGCAUUGGGUAUGCCAUUAAUACAAAAUCCCCAACGGAAGUUGAUAACUGA